GUGACACCAUGGAUAGACACCAGCUCCGAGUGUUUGUUGUAAUGUUUUCGUUCAUAGUUACACAGAAAAACAAUGUUGAACAAGCAGAUACAGAUGACGGAUGUCUGACUUUGGAGAUAGACGCUACGGACGAUGCAGUAGGGCACGAAUGCGAUGCUUCGACCUUAGAAAUGUACAACAAUUCUCCAGGGUACCGACAACAUACUCCGACAAUACAAACAAUGGACGUUUCGUCAAGGUUCAAACACGAUACACAGCCAAUAGAGAUUGUGGACGAUUCGUCAAGGAUUAUACACGAUACACCGACAAAAUGUGCUAUGGAUCAUUCGUCAAUGUACAAACACGAUACACAGCCUAAAGAGAUUGUGGACGAUUCGUCAAUGUACAAACACGAUACACAGCCAUUUGAUACUGUGAUCGAUUCGUCAAGGUACAGACACAAUACACCGCCAAUAGAUCUUGUGGACGAUUCGUCAAGGUACAAACACGGUACACCGCAAAUAGAGAUUGUGAAUGAUACGUCAAGGUACAAACACGAUACACCGGGAAUAGAGAUUGAGGACGAUCCGUCAAGGUGCAAACACGAUACACCGCAAAUAGAGAUUGUGAAUGAUACGUCAAGGUACAAACACGAUACACCGGGAAUAGAGAUUGAGGACGAUCCGUCAAGGUACAAACACGAUACACCGCCAAUGGAUCUUGUGGACGAUUCGUCAAGGUACAAACACGAUACACCGCAAAUAGAGAUUGUGAAUGAUACGUCAAGGUACAAACACGAUACACCGGGAAUAGAGAUUGAGGACGAUCCGUCAAGGUACAAACACGAUACACCGCCAAUGGAUCUUGUGGACGAUUCGUCAAGGUACAAACACGAUACACCGCAAAUAGAGAUUGUGGAUGAUACGUCAAGGUACAAACACGAUACACCGCAAAUAGAGAUUGUGGAUGAUACGCCAAGGUACAAACAUGAUACACAGCCACAACCUGCUGAGGACCAUUCAUCAAAACACGACACACAGCCAUUAGAGCAUAUGAACGAUUAGUCAAAGAACAUACACGAUACACCGCCAAAAUGUGUUGUGGACGAUUCGUCAAGGUACAAACACGAUACACCGUCAACAGAGAUUUUGGUUGGUUUGUCCAAGUAAAAAGCACGAUACAUCGCAAAUAGAUACUGGCGACUAAUGUUAAGACACAUAUAUUCUAUGAUUGUGAUUAUCGUAUUUAACUCAUUUUUUAUGUAAUGUGUUUGAAUCUAGCUCUGACUAUCGUGUUUAAUUAUUUUUUGCUGUAAAUUGUUUGGAUCUAGUUGUGAUUAUCAUAUUAAGUUAAUUUUUGCUGUAAAUUGUUUGAAUCAAGCUUUGACUAUCGUAUUUUAUUAAUUUUUGCUGUAAAUUGUUUGAA